GUUUCCGUGCCUUUCCAAGCGCAGGAAGGAGAAGGUUGCAGACCUCGGCUUUCACGGCGUUACCAGCAUAGACCCCGCAUCGCCCGCUCAUCCCAAGCCAGCGCAGCGCCCUGCGCCACUCGCGCAGGAGGAAACCGAGGAGUGCCAGAACUGUGGGACAGUCCUGGUUCCUGGAGCAAACUUCUGCCACCACUGUGGCUGGAAGAAGGGUGCCAUCAAAGCCACCGUGGUGCGGACAGAGGCCGCCGAAGCUGCGCAGCUGCCUGGUGCGGUGCCGGUAGCAAAGUCGCAGGCCGCGCCCGCCGCACCCCCAAAAGCCGCGCCGCUGCAGAGUGCCGCAGCAGAGCCGGCCGUGACUCCGGUCCCGAAGGCAGCUGGAGCAGCGCCCAAGGCCGAGGCAUCGCCGGCAGCAGCCAAAGGAGGAGCCCCGGCCAUCGCCAGGACCCCGCCAGAAGCAGGGAACUAUGUUGUGGAGCUCCGGCGGCAAAAUCCCGCUGAGAGGUUUGGCUUUGGUUGGGAUGUCAAGAAGCUGGAGAAAGACAAUGUGCGAGUCAUCAGCAAGGUAUUGCCUGGCACCCUCGCGGCGAAAUGGAAUGAGAGCCCUCCACCAGGCUGCGAGGUCAGACCUGGAGACACGCUGGUGAAGGUAAAUGGGAAACAGGGGCGCAUCGAGCUUCUCACAGUCGAGCUCAGCAAGAUGUACGUGGUGUGCGAGUUCCAGCCGCACGAGCCUCGAGAUUUAGAAGGAGCUGGAGGCAAGCAAGGCGACGAAGCCCCGAAGCCUUCUGCACCGGAAACUCCGGCACCCGGAGCUGCAACGGCACCGGCGGCACCUGCUGCAGACGCCGGAGCUCCGCCGGCAGUGGCGACACCUGCUGGAGCUGCAGCUGUGACACUGCCUGCUGCAGAAGCGGUCGCCCCACUGGCAGUGGCCAAACCUCCAGCUUCCGAAGCUGCGAUGCCCGCGCUGACCGUGGCGAUGCCCGCAGCAGGCUCACCUCCUCCAAAGGCGCCCGCGGCGUCGCCCAAGCCCGUUAUUCCUGCUCCGGUCGCAGAGCCCGAAGCUCCGGAAGAACGAGUGCUGGCAAAAGACCAGCCUCCCAGCCCCUCUGCGAAGGACGUUUCCAGCCCCUCUGCGAAGGAUCUGCCCCCGAUGCCGGACGAAGCUCCGUUACCACCGCAGCUACCGCCGCAGCCGCUUGAGGCCGCGGCUGCGUCUGAUGCAGCGCCCAGCGCUUCAAGCUGUGUGGAGAUCCUUGAAAAUCCGUCGGAAACGCCGGAACUGGACCAUCCGUCCAACAAUUCCGCAGCAGAGCCGGCUGACAAUACGGAGAUUGCGGAGCCCAAAGAGGCCGUGAGGGAGCCGGCAAACGCGGAGGCCGAGGCGAAGAACGAGAAGCCGCCGGCAGAGACGGAAAGUUUCUACGUCGUCGUGCUGCAGCGCGGGGCGACUUCCGAGAAGUGGGGCUUCCAAUGGGAUCGCCAGGCGAUGGACACACUGAAUGUCAAGGUGAUCGAGGGCAUCGCUCCCAACUCCUUGGCCUCGGAUUGGAACCGGCGCUUCCCGGACCGCGCGGCCCGGAAGGGGGACCAGCUGACGAAGGUCAACGGCCUUCGCGAUCCCGCAGGGAUGGCAGCGGAGAUGAAGAAAAACCAGGUCACCUGCGAGUUCCGAUCUGCCGCGGUCCCAAUGGAGUGGGUGAUGGUGUUGAGGGCCUCUUGGGACCGAGUGUUCAGUCAGUGCGUCUCUUCUGCGGUAGAGACUCGCGCCGCCCAGGCGCAGCCUCGCGACGGGGAGGCAAAGGUUCCGGUUCCGGAGCUACGACCGAAGCCGGAGCUCAUGCCUUUGAAACUGCCGUCCGGGCCACGGAAUCUCGCCUUCCUGUAUGGCGAGGUGUGGCGGUGGCCUCCGGCUGACUUUACCACCAGGCUCAAAGAAAGGGGCUCUGAGUCAUGCCAUGUCAAGCAUGCUGCAUGGGACAUCCUUGCACGGAAGGUUGAGCCGACCAUGCGCAUGUCUUUCGAGCCCCUUCCUUUUCCCAAGCACCCACAUGAUCUGCUCUCCGGAUUCCGGACAUGGAAUCCUGAUGCCGCUAACUUGCAUGUCAAAGGAAGUGUUGCAAAGACUUUGUCGCCACCUGAGAGACCAGGAUACGCACAGUCCUCUGGCUGGGGAAACACACAAGACAUGGUGGACUGCGAGACCAUCACCUACAAGUUCUGCACACAGGGGGCGGGGAGGUUAGAAGUUAUCGUGCCCAGCCUUUGGGCACACGCCGCCCAGCGAGUCAGCUUGCGCCAGCGUUUCCAAGAGUUGGGGCCCGAGCUCCGUGCCAAAGACUAUCGUGUGGAGCUGCAUUUUAUUCUGGGCAACCCAGUCGGAGCAUCUGUGGAUAAGGAAUCGGUGCACGAGGAGCGUGCCCAGUUCGGCGAUUUAGUCGUGCUGGGAGCUCCAGAGAGCGAAGAGGAGAUGCUACGGAAAUGUCGGGAACGCCAGGCGGCAGCUGCCACGACUUUGGGGCCCCAGGUGCUGGACGAGCCUUCACCGGCGAUCCUUCGAAUUGCGGGAGCGUUGGUGCUGCUUUGGCACUCGCGACCGGACCUGGACUUCGUGGUGAAGCUGGAGGAUUCAGUCACGAUUCCUCUCCUUCCAUUUUUCGACAAGGUGUUGGAGCACGCAGACGAGUCGCUGCUGUUGGGCUGGAUCGUUGAAGAUUUUCCCGUGUCUGUGCGCAGUAGCACUGCUGACGAGGCUUGCGAAACCUGCCCCGUGCCUGUGGCCGCCGAGCGGUUUUGCCAGGAGAUGAUACGAGUCUCCAUGUCAGGCAUGGAUUUUCGCGGCUGUCUGCGGGUUGCGAGCGAGUGCUGCAACAGCAGCGGCUGCGACGAGGCCCAACUGCUCGACUGCACGUCGGCCGCGCGCGCCGCCGGCUCUGAGUCAGUUCUCUACUACGGAACGGCGUUCGCGCCCCCCUUCCCGCUCUCUGCAGCCUGGGCCCUCGGACGCAGGCCCUUGGAGUUUGUUGUUGACAACAUCGACGACCUGAAGAUGAGAGGAGAGGUGGCGGAAGCCUUGCUCGGCUUUUGGCUUGCUGGUCUCGAGGAUUUGAAGAUCGUGGAUCUGUCGCGGGAUAUCUUAGCAGAUGGAAAAAG